UAUCCACUGGGACUUUGCUAUGUGCUUAGCCUCAGGACUUUAGCACGCCCAGCGUAGAAUACAGUCUAGUGUCCUGUCUGUAAAGGAACUGUAGCUCGCUGAAGAUUGCAAACAUUUUUGGUCAACUUAAUUUUUUUCACUUUCCCCCAUCAUUGUCCUUCGUUGGAACCGAAGUCGAGGUGGAUGCAACUUUACAGACAAAUUGUAAAAAUAAGUUAGGCUGUUUUCGUUUGGUUGCCUAUUUUAGGGAAAUUGUAAUAAGUUUGAAACAAAUGUUUUGUUCCCUGCUUUUUGUUUCUAUGGGAGAGUCUGGAACUCGAAAAACAUUUUGAAGACUAAACGAUACUUUUUUUUUUACAACAUUGUCUUCAUGUUUCCCAUAUGUAUAGUUUUAAGGUGGCCUAAGCAAGUUUAUUAAGAAUCCGGUUAGCUAGUCAACCAAGUUGGUAACUUUUAGAGUUAUCUAGUAGCCAGCGAAGUGCAAGGAAAUCCGGGUCUCCAUGAAGAAAUCCCAACGUGCGAGUUGAAACUGUCCUAGUAACUUAAUACAGCUGAACGCGUUUCUCGUGUUUUGUGUGCCCAUAAUAUAUAUAUUUUUAAUUUAACCGACUCAAUGAACACGAUGUUAGUGUUCUCUACGGUUUAUACAUUGGCCCUGCUUUUUGUUUCGACGAAGGCUGAGCCCAAUUCGAAAAGCUGCAAUGAAGUUAGGGCUGCAUACAGUUCCAAAGGCUUCAACGUCAAUGACGUUCCCAACAAAGGGGUACACGGAGCCCCCCUAAAGGUGUGUCCCCAGGGCUACUCAUGCUGUACCCUGGAGAUGGAGGAAAAGCUGAGCCAGCAGAGCCACUCAGACCUGAAGGCCCCCAUCUCCCAGCUCAGCUCCAACCUACAGAGCACCUUCAAACAGAGGCACAGCCACUUUGAUCAGCCCCAGGACCAGCUUGCUAAGGGGAGUCUUCUCCAGGUUCAUCUCUCUGUAGGUGAUGGCUUUGUUAUGGAAGAAUUCUUCCGCGAGUUGCUGGACAACGCGGAGCACGCGCUCAACGACAUGUUCGUGCGCACGUACGGCCUGAUGUACGUGCAUAAUGCGGAGCUAUUUAAGCACUUCUUCCAGGAGCUGAAGCGCUACUACGUGUCGGGCAGCGGGGCAGUCAACCUGGACUCCAUGCUGUCUGACUUCUGGGAAGACCUCCUGGAGAGGAUGUUCCAAUUGGUCAACGUCCAGUACGAGUUCAGUGACGCCUACAUGGAGUGCGUCAGCCGCCAUACCGAGCAACUGAAACCGUUUGGUGACGUGCCGCGCAAGCUCCGCCUCCAGCUGACACGGGCCUUUGUCGCGGCGCGCACCUUCACCCGUGGCCUGGCGCUCAUGCCCGAGGUGGUCAACAAAGUCUCCACGGUCAGUGCAUCCCCUAGCUGUGUGCGGGCAGCCAUGAAGAUGUUGUACUGUCCCUACUGCAAAGGCCAGGUGGCCCUCAAGCCUUGCCAGAACUACUGUCUCAACGUGAUGCGUGGCUGUCUGGCCAACCAGGCUGACCUCGACACAGAGUGGAACAACUUUCUGGAUGCCAUGUUGAGUCUGGCUGAGAGGCUGGAGGGGCCCUUCAACUUUGAGUCUGUGAUGGACCCCAUUGACGUUAAGAUCUCUGAGGCCAUCAUGAACAUGCAGGAGAACAGCAUGCAGGUGUCACAGAAGGUGUUCCAGGGGUGUGGUCAGCCUAAACCAGGUAAUGGCUUCCGGUCACGUCGCUCAGUCAAGGAGACAGGAUUCACCGGUCGCUUUCGUCCCUACAGCCCUGACGCACGGCCCACUACUGCUGCUGGCACCAGCCUGGACAGACUGACGACAGACGUGAAGAAAAGGCUGAAGCAUGCUAAGCAGUUCUGGUCCACGCUGCCAGAAUCUGUUUGUGCUGGGGAGAGGAUUACGUCUAGGGAUGACUGUUGGAACGGAACAGCAAAGAGCAGGUACGAGUCUGUUGUCAUGGGCAACGGAUUGGCCAAUCAGGUGUCCAACCCGGAUGUGGAAGUGGACAUUACAAAGCCAGAUGUGGUGAUUCGCAGUCAGAUCGCAGUGUUGAAGGAAAUGACCAGCUGGCUGAAGGCCGCCCACAGCGGCAAUGAUAUCUCCAUCGACCAAGGUGAGGAUGAUGAGGAUGGUAGCGGAGGACAGGAGAGUGGCAGCGGCUGUGACUCUCCAUCCUGUGAGGCGGACGGGGACAUCUACUUCUCCAUCCCACCCACCCCCAUCAACCCCCGUGUGUUCAAGGUGGUGCACCAGGAAACGACCGGUGGAGACCGUAUGGCACACGGGAGCAUGGCACUGGCACUCUGUGGGCUCACCCUGGCCCUGCUCGCCCCCCAUUGGAGAUAAAGGGAGGGAAAGGGAGAGAGAGUGAGAAAGUAAGACAGAGAGAAGGGAAAAACUGUCAGGCUUUUAAAAAGACUGCCUUCAGGACCUCAGUCUGCCCGUCAUCAUGUGGGGGACUCUUGAGUUAUUUAAAUUUUUCAUUUGUUUUUAUAAAAAUGUACAAUACUGUACAGGGAUUUCCUUCCAAAAUGUUCACUUUUCUUGUUUUUUUUUGCCUUUUGUCCUGAUUCAACUGAUUCGCCGCUUGCGGCACCUUUUGAGCUAGAAUCCCUCCCUCCACAUCACCAACAGUGUUUUGAGUUCUUCCAUUUCAUCCCAUUAUUCAAAUUUGUGUUGUCCAUGUAUCUGGGCUGGCCAGGGAUGAAUGUGGCUAUGCCAGAAAAGAGAACAUCUUGGUUACAUGUUGAAGCUCUAGACUGGCUCUCAAAGCUAAGAGUACAGUAGCUCUGUGGGAAAAUACUAAGAAGUUACAGGGCUGAUGUUUAGAUGGUUCGUUAGGUGAUUGAACUAGCUGGCGAGGGGUUCUAGGGGCUUCUGUGUGCCCAGGUGUGCAUCCAUAAUGUGGAAGGAGUACCACUUCCCAAACACUCAAAUACAAAACUGGUCCACUGAGAUCAUACCU